UAAUCCAUCACUUAUAUUCUUUCCUACUAUUCCUCACACAAAAUGGCCGACCAAAAACUCUUCCCGUCCAUCCGCGACAUCGCGGAGCAGACUGAAGCUCUUCCGGAGCACGUGAAGGGUUCUGCAGAAGAGCCAGCAAAGGAGGACGACGAUGAGCGUGCCGUACAAGUUAUUGAAUCUCUGUGCAUGUCCUGUAGAGAACAGGGCCAGACACGGAUGCUGCUCACCUCCAUCCCCUACUUUCGCGAAGUCAUCAUCAUGUCCUUCCGCUGCGAACACUGCGGGUUCGAGAAUAACGAGAUCCAAUCCGCAGGCUCCAUCCGACCCGAAGGAACAGUCUAUACCGCCCGCAUCCUCGCCCGCUCCGACCUCGACCGCCAAGUCGUCAAAUCCGCAACAUGCACCGUCACCCUCCCCGAAUACGAACUCACGAUUCCACCUUCCAAAGGCCAACUAACGACCGUCGAAGGCAUUGUCCGUGACAUCGUUCGAGACCUCUCUCUCGACCAACCCCUCCGUCGGAUCCAAGAACCGGAAACGUAUGCGAAGAUUCAAACACUAGUCGACAAGCUGAAGCUCAUUUUGGCUGACAACGGUGACGAUGAGGAUGAGUGGGAUGGGGAGGGCAAGGCUAAGGGAUCGGUCGAGGGUGGUGAGCUGGGAAAGAAGGACUUAUUGAAGGCGGCGCAGAAGGAUGCGCCUAUGCCCAUGUUUACGAUCAAGCUCGAUGAUCCGAGUGGGAACUCGUUUAUCGAAUUCGUGCAGAGUAUGUCGGAUCCGAAGUGGAACCUCCGGACGUAUCAUCGGACGAAGGAACAGAACAUCGCUCUCGGCUUGGUCGCAGCAGAUCAAGCACCGGAAGAUGGCGAUGGGAAGCAGUUGCAGAGUGUGGCGGAGGGUGCUGAGGGUGAAGGCGAGGGUGAAGAGGGGAUUGGUGGUGGUGCGGAUGGUCAGAACGAGGAGAUCUUUGUGUUUAAGGGGAUUUGUUCGAGUUGUGGACACGAUCUGGAUACGUUGAUGAAGAAGGUGUCGAUCCCAUAUUUCAAGGACAUUCUCAUCAUGUCCACAAAUUGUGACCGAUGCGGGUACAGAGAUAACGAAGUCAAAUCCGGCGCCGCCAUUUCAGAGCUCGGAAAAAAAAUCACACUCAAAGUCGAAGACCGCGAGGACCUCAGUCGAGACAUUCUCAAGAGCGAGUCCUGCGGCCUCUCAAUCCCCGAAAUCGACCUCGUCCUCCAACCCGGCACGCUCGGCGGCCGAUUCACCACGCUCGAAGGCAUCCUCGACCAAGUCUACGAAGAGCUUUCCACCAAAGUCUUCGAGACCGGCGAAUUCAGCAACCUCUCCGUCCCUGACGGCGGCGACUCGAGCGUCCGCGACGCCGCGGGGCACACCACCUUCGAAGGAUUCCUCCGCGCGCUGAAGGAGGUGAAGAGCGCGGAACGUCCGUUCACGUUGAUAUUGGACGAUCCGCUUGCGAAUUCGUAUUUGCAGAAUAUAUAUGCGCCGGAUGAGGAUCCGAAUAUGGAGAGUGUGGUUUAUGAGAGGACGUGGCAGCAGAAUGAGGAGUUGGGGUUGAAUGAUAUGAAGGUCGAGGGGUAUGAAGAGGAUGCGAAGGAGGAUGUGAAGGAGGGGAAGACAGAAGAGACGAAGGAAGGGGAGAAGACAGAAGAGAGGAAGGCAUGAUAUGGAACGAUGGUCUCGUCGAGGAUCUGGGUGUAGAUUGUAAGUGUAGGAGGGAAUUCGAGAAGACAAGAACAAAAUUGUAUGCUUGUACACAGUAGAUGGUGUUUGUAGCCCUAGACCGCAAUGCUCACACUCUU